GCGUUUAUUUUGCGGGACCAGUUGUAAAGCAACAUCGCGAUUGAUUGUGUGGGCCAGUCACAAUUUCGGGCCGUUCGACCGGUUAUCGCGUUGCCGCACCUGUACGAGUGAGAUUAUCGCCGGAGGGUUUACCGCAAUCAUGACGGAUCCGGCGCCGGGACUGGAAUGGAUUGAUCGGGAAUAUUUUACGCGCGUACUGGAAACAUACCUUCAUGCAGACGUUACGGUGCAGCGGUACGAACUGGCUGCCGGAUGCCCGGACGGGCAGAAUUUCAUGAGUGCCAUUGUGCGUGCUACCGUAGACUACACGCUAGCAAGUGCGGAACCGCAGGGCCGCACGGAGAAGGUGUCGUUAAUUGUGAAAACGAAGUUAGCAAACCCGGAGCUUGCUGAAGGCGCGGAUCAGCUCAACGUGUUCGGUAUAGAGAAAACCGUAUACGGACCGGUGCUGAAAGCGGUACGCGAGCUCCUGACCAGCUACGGUGAUUGUACACAGUUUGCUCCGCGCUUUAUCUACGAAGAUGAGCACGCACUAGUUCUGGAGGAUUUGGCUGUCAAGGGCUACCGGCAACCGGACCGACGGGCACGGCUAGAUGAGCCCCACCUGCGGCUGGCGGUGAAGAAGUUGGCCAAAUUUCACGCAGCUACAGCUGUGCUUUGGCGCAAGAAUCGUGACCUAUUCAGCGUGCUUGCUAGUAGCAGCUUCGCCAGCGAGGGUAAUCCCGUCCAUCUGUUCUACGCCAACGCGAUUCAGCAUUGCAUCGAUCAGACGGAGAAGGUGCCCGAGCUGCGACGGUACACUGAUGACCUUCGUUCAUUUCUGGAGCACGCCAUUGAAAGGGAGGCGAAAAGCUACGAACGCGACGAAACGUGCUUCACCGUGCUGAACCAUGGCGAUAUGUGGUUGAACAAUCUGCUAUGGAAGUACGACACGGAAGGGACGGUUAGCGAUGUGAUCAUGGUGGAUUACCAGGAGAGCUUCGCCGGCUCGCCCGCAUUCGAUCUAAACCACCUGCUGUACUCAUCCGCCAAUAGUGAGAUCCAGCGGGCCGGGUUUGAGGAGCUGGUGCAGCUGUACACCGACGAGCUGCGAGAUGCACUGCACCAAUUUAAAUACGACGGUCCGCUGCCGGAUCUGGCACGCGUCCAGUCGGAAAUGGCAACCAAACGCGACCAUGCGCUGAUCGUAACGACGUGCAUUGUGCCACCACUGAUACUGGAAAACAGCGAGCUGGCCACGCCGGAGAACAUGCUCGGCGAUCACGAGGAGGCGAUUCGCGCCCGGGAAGAGAUAUUCAGCAACCCAAAGUUUAUUGAAAUUCUUUCCAUUCUGCUACCGCGUCUCAUGGCGACCGGGCCCAAUAAGGGUUGACACGGUUCUGUCUAUGAUUAAACACCCACAAGAUGUGUUCCACUUGGAAUCCAAGGGUAUUGGCCAGUAUUUCUAGACGUAGACGUUUCUUUGUGUUUAGACCAUUGAUUUCCGGCUGAUGCAUCGUGCCGUAAUACACAAUAAAAUAAAUUAUGUCACGUAUUUGGUUUGCAUAGAGCUGCAGGCUUGGACGAAACAUUGGACAGUUUUGACAAACCGUUGGAAGCAGUGUGCGUUAUCAGCUUGGUGUUGUUAUUAUCAGUAAUUCCUUC